AUGAAGAACUACUUCACAGCACGUCGCUUUGGUGCUAACGUGCAAAUUCUUCUCCAUGACCUGUGGGGCAUUGAUGGAUACGAUUCAGUUGCUGAUAUCCCUACACCUGGUGACAAUGGCGAUUGGACAGAUUACAACAACUUCCUUUCCGCAAUUUUCAGCAUUUUCAUCGAGAACAACGUAAUCGAUGGUGUUUACUUCGAUAUCACCAAUGAGAUCGACAACACCCAAUACUACACUAGGGGCCUUGAUCGGUAUUUGGAGAUCUGGGGCCUUACUUACCACCGAGUUGCGUACGUUCAAUUCCUUCAAACCCUUUCUACAUCUCACAACAUCUACGGCAGCACGUGUUCUGACUCUGAAUUCUUCUUAUAA